UUGGUGAAUUGAAUUUUACUUCAUCUAUUGGCUUUUGAACCGAAAAAAGAUAAACGUGAGAAAGGCUGAAAAACGAAAAGUGCAACCCUAAUAUCCUUCCAAUACAUGUACUCGAAAAUCUCUAAACAGAAUCCCUGAUCGGUAAUUAAUAUAUAGCACGGAGAUGGAUGAAGCAACCGGUGGUGGCAGUAAGAUUCAAUGGUUGUGGGGUGUAGCCAGUGCUGCUCAAAUGGGAUUGGGUGUACGUUCUUACAUUAAGGGUCACGCAGGUGAUUCAUGCCUCAUGCCUUUGAAAGCUUUCACUGUUGCUUCUCUCUUCAUAGGUAGUGCCGCUUCCGCUUCUGUUCUUGUCCUUCAAGCUAACGGCAUUCACGGGGUGGAUGAUCUCAUUGAAGCCGGUGCCAAUUUAAGAGCAAAACUUGGGUUACGUCCACGCACACAAAAUAAGUAAAUGGAUGAGUCAUAACCAAAGGUUCAGUCACAUCUUGUGCUAGUACUUGGUGGUGUGGUUUCUUGGUGGAGAAGCAGUCAUAACAUUCCUCGGGUUGGUUCCUUGAAAGUUUCAUGUGCAAUUCAACAAUUAUAUGCUUAUCAGAAACACUACAUCCAAUUGAUGUGGUUUUCAGUUUUGUGUAUGCAACUUGUAAUACAUUCAUCAAUAGUUUGUUAUUUUCAUUGACUUGGAGCUUUAGUUUUUAUAAGAUAAAUACAGCUUAUGUAUUAGCUUAUGAAUGCCUACAUCAUACAUGGAUAUUUCAUGGGUAUUGAUGCUAGUUCUUAAGAUAUAGAGUAGAAUCAGGGUUGUAGUAUACAAAUAUAGUUUUCUACUGUUGUAAUACAAAGUAUUACAGUCCA